AUGACAAUUUCAGGUCUUGAUUCUGAUAAGUUUGUGAAGCAGUUUUACAUCCCUGAUUAUAUAUUUUUGUUGUACUCCACGCCCAAGUGUCCACCUAUUACACCCGAAUGCCCUGUUCUGGUAUUCAUCAAUUCUAAAAGUGGUGGUCAAUUAGGAGAAGAGGCUCCAGAUAAUGGUUUAUGUAAGCUUUAUCUCAAUCUGGAAAGGCUCAAGUUUAGUGGGGAUAAAUUUGCUACUAAACUCGAGGAGAACUUAAAAAUAAUUGUUGCCGGUGGAGAUGGUACAGCUGGUUGGCUUCCUGGGGUCGUUUCUGAUCUAAAGUUGUCUCAGCCACCACCUAUUGCUAUGGUUCCUCUCGGAACUGGAAAUAACUUUCCAUUUGCAUUUGGCUGGGUGGAACUUCCGACAGAUUCUUUUGGUUUAGUCGCUUGGUUCUUCAAGUUGCAAAGCAACGGCACAAAUGAUUAA